AUGGCGGGCGCCGGGGAGCGCAAAGGCAAGAAGGAUGACAACGGAAUCGGCACGGCCAUCGACUUUGUGCUGUCCAAUGCCCGGCUGGUGCUGGGGGUGGGUGGAGCGGCCAUGCUGGGCAUCGCCACGCUGGCGGUGAAGCGGAUGUACGACCGGGCCAUCAGCGCCCCUACCAGCCCUACCCGCCUGAGCCACUCAGGGAAGAGGAGCUGGGAAGAACCAACCUGGAUGGGGUCCCCGCGCCUGCUGAACCGGGACAUGAAGACGGGCCUGAGCCGCUCCCUGCAAACCCUCCCCACGGACGCCGCGGCCUUCGACGCAGAUGCAUUCUGCCCACCCCGGCCUAAGCCAUUGGCCAGGAAGGGCCAGGUAGACUUGAAGAAGUCACGACUCCGCAUGUCCCUGCAGGAGAAACUCCUUUCUUACUACCGGAACCGGGCAGCCAUCCCUGCUGGCGAGCAGGCACGGGCCAAGCAAGCCGCCGUGGACAUAUGUGCCGAGCUGCGGGGCUUCCUGCGGGCCAAGUUGCCUGACAUGCCGCUCCGGGACAUGUACCUGAGUGGCAGCCUCUACGACGACCUGCAGGUGGUGACCGCCGACCACAUCCAGCUCAUCGUGCCCCUCGUGCUGGAGCAGAACCUGUGGUCGUGCAUCCCAGGCGAGGACACCAUCAUGAACGUCCCCGGCUUCUGCCUCGUCCGCCGUGAGAACCCCGAGUACUUUCCUCGCGGCAGCAGUUACUGGGACCGGUGCGUCGUGGGGGGCUACCUCUCGCCAAAGGCGGUGGCCGACACGUUUGAGAAGGUGGUGGCCGGCUCCAUCAACUGGCCGGCCAUAGGGUCCCUCUUGGACUAUGUGAUCCGACCGGCUCCACCUCCAGAGGCCCUGACGUUGGAGGUGCAGUACGAGCGUGACAAGCAUCUCGUCAUUGACUUCCUGCCGUCUGUGACCCUUGGCGACACUGUUCUGGUGGCCAGGCCACACCGGCUAGCCCAGCACGACAACCUGUGGCGGCUGAGCCUCCGUCCCGCCGAGACGGCGCGCCUGAGAGCUCUGGACCAGGCCGACGCGGGCUGCCGGGCCCUGUGCCUGAAGAUUCUCAAGGCCAUAUGCAAGUGCACGCCCGCGCUGGGCCACCUCACUGCCAGCCAGCUCACCAACGUCAUCCUCCACCUGGCCCAGGAGGAGGCCGACUGGUCUCCAGGGGCGCUGGCCGACCGCUUCCUGCAGGCGCUCAGGGGACUGAUCAGCUACCUGGAGGCCGGCGUCCUGCCCAGUGCCCUCAACCCCAAGGUGAACUUGUUCUCGGAGCUCACCCCUGAGGAAAUAGACGAAUUGGGAUACACUCUCUAUUGCUCCUUGUCUGAGCCAGAGGUGCUGCUGCAGACGUAGGGCGGUGAAGGCCAAGGCAGGUGUCGGGCGGCCAGGCCCUGGCUGUCCCGCGCUUGGCUGCGUAGCUGGUACCUCGCCGGGCCCCCAGGGGCCUCCUGGCUGCUGCCGCCCACCUGGCCACUUCAUGCUGAUGGGAAUGCCAUCUCUGGUCUCCUCGUUUCAAUCCUACCCUUUCUAUUUUUGUUACCAAACACUGUGCUCCCUUGUUCCCCCCUUGCUGCAGGCAGAUCUUUCUGGAAUGAAUUGAGAGGUAGAAGGCUGGCCUGAGCUGUUGAGACCACGGUGUUUUGUAUGUGGGUCCAGGAGUCCUGUGUAGUCUGCCCUGCCCUGCCCUGCCCUGCGGCCGUUCCUGGUGGGUGCCCUGUCUCAUUCAUGCCUUUUGUUUCUUGUCGCUGACGCGUGUCCUGAUCCAGACACUGCCUGUUGUUGGCUGUGGCUGUUUCCGAGCUGCGCUCCGCAGAGCAGGUGCUGGUGCAGUCUCUGGGGUCUCUGGGGGUCGAGGCUGGUGAAGAGUUGAACCUUGGUUCCUGGACAAGCCCAUCCCCUCCCCUGGCUCCCGGGCACUUCUGACCAUGCGGGCGCUGAGAACGGCUCGCCUGGGGCGCCGUGCUGACCCGUGGGAGCACUGAGUGCGGUUACUUGGGAGAUGGUGGCGCUGAGCGGCCUUGCGUGAGGAGGCGGUGGAGGGUACGUGCCUAUUGUGCGUGCGUCGUCCGUGGCUGCAGGAGUCGCACGGUCCCGGAGGGCAGCAGGCAGCUCCUCACCUUGAAUGCUGUCUUUCGUCCCUUUUCUUUAUUGCCAAGUAGGACAAGGCCUUGCAGGCACCCCGCGGAGAGCCGGGGGAGACGGACGGGAGGCUGACCGUCAGCCGGAAGUGGCAGGCCCCGCUGGGCUCGGGGGCCAGCCUUCCUCCUGCUGUGCCUGCCUGUGUAGCAUGUUGCCUUAGAGUGGCCCGCACGCCUUCCCCAGUGUCUGCUGCGGGAACCGGGAGUGGGGGCAGAGGCCGAGGGACAGCUGCCUCUGUCCCCUGUGCCCACCCUGGGGAGGUGGUGCUCCCUGGAGGACAGCACGCGAGGGGUGGGCACUUGCACGUCCUGCUUUCCCGCUGCAGCCGCGCCAUCUCCGACGGUGGGGACGUGUCGGACACUCCGUGCCGGCGCCCUCUCGUUCACGGUGUUUUCCCGUUUGUUGGCAAGAGGCUGACGGUGAUUUCAUUUCUGAUCUGCCCAUUCAGUGUUCUGCUUCCUGCCUGUCGUCAGUGAGACUGGCAGCUGUCCCUUCCUUCCCAGGGACGGCGCCGGCACCUCAGCUGCUCUCUGAGUGCAGGGUGGAGGUGCCGAGCCGCUGUGUCCUAGGUCAGGAGGUGGAAACCCCGGUGGCCUCCGCCGGAGGGCCCGCUGCUCUCCCGCGGGUAGGCAGGUCCCUGCAGGUGGCUCUGCUGUUUGGUUUGUGUGAAGCCCUGAGCGGAUGAAGCACCGAAGCCGAGAUCCUGAGUCUCACCCUGGCUGGCGCCGGACGCCAGCGCCUGCGGACCCGUCCCUGAGCUUCAGGGGCCCAGUGUGGUGUCCACGGGGGGAGGGGGGAGGGAGGCUGACCGUGUCGCCAGGCCAUGUGUUGCUGUGUGUUGAGAUGAAGGGUCUGGGUCCCCGGCCUCGAGCACCUGAAACGCGCGGGUUCCCGGGCUGGCCUCCUCCUGGCCCAGUCCACGUAGUAAACACUGCACAGCGCUCCACGGAGAAACGAUCUGUAAGGGCCCGCCAAGACCGUGAGGAGGCCACGACGCCCGACCACACGGGGGGACGCGUGUGUCCUGAGAGGACCUCUGAACUCCCACAAAGCCUAACCGUUCCUUUGCCAUCUUGUCAGCAGGAGCUUCCCGGGUGUCCUGGGCCCUGGAGCGUGGCGGUUCUCGGCCGUCCGGUGGGCGUCGGGCCGGGACCGGGCAGGCCCUGCUCUUGGCUGCAGGGGCUGGGCAGGUGCCCUGAGCUGCCGGGGCCGGGGGGCCGGGUGCCCUGAGCUGCCGGGGGAGGCUGGGCUGCCUUUGUUUUCUCACCCUGUGGGGAGAGGUGCUGUGACGCGUUCCCCCACGGUGCCUUUGUGGAGGUGCCCACGCCUUCCUGCUGCCCCUCCAGCCCGGCGCGUGCACCGCGGGGGUGAGCGGCCCACACCCUGCCGCCCGAGAAGCACACCUAGCGCUACCUUCAAGACCUCAUCGAUUCCAAGUUCAGUUUCCUUCUCCUGUCACUUCCCACAAAAUGAGUUGAAGACAACAGUAUUUUUCUCGAUUUGCCUGGUUGUGACUUUUUAAAAAUAAAUGAAAGGAAAGACG